AUGUCUCUUUGUCUCUCUCCUUUUCUAGAUUCGCCAAGCCAGUGCCGAAUCAAAGACAUGAAAGUGGAAGGCAGGGACUUAUACCUAGCUCGUCUACUCAAGACCUGUGCUAGGUAUAUUGAAGAUGGUGAGUUCAAGAAGGCAAGCUCCGGACUACAGUGCAUUGCUAGUGUUGCCACCCCUGAUGGUGAUCCAAUGCAGAGAGUAGCUACUUAUUUUCUUGAUGGGCUUGCUUAUAGGUUGGUCAUGAAUAUUCAUGGUGUGCCUGAAGCCCUGAAUCUGUCAAAUCCCUUGUCAACCUUAGCACAACAGCAUGUCAGAAAGUUGUUCAGUGAGUUUUGUCCAUUCUUGAAGUUUUCUUACCUGAUAACCAGUCAAGCUAUUGUUGAAGCCAUGGGGAGAGAACAAGUGAUUCAUAUUAUUGAUCUCAAUGCAUGCGAUGUUGCUCAGUGGAUAUCUCUUCUUCAUAGUUUGAGAGAUCAACGACAAGGAAAUCCACUACCUUUUGUGAAGAUCACAGGGAUUCAUGAGAAUAAAGGGGUUUUGGAACAAACGGGGAUUCAGUUGAUUCAAGAAGCUGAGAAAAUGAGCAUCCCCUUGGAUUUCUAUCCCAUUGAGAGCCAAUUGGAGGAACUUUGCUUUGAGAAUUUGCCUGUGAAGCCAGGAGAGCUUAUUGCUAUAAGUUCUGUUCUUCAGCUACAUUCUCUACUGGCAGUUGAAGAUCAAAUCAGUCAUGAUUCAAUUUUGCCACCUAAUCCUUCUCAAUGUGUUUCACCUAAGAUGAGGUUGUUCCUAAAUAGCCUUUUGAAACUGCAACCGAGGUUGAUGGUCAUUACAGAACAAGAAUCAGAUAACAAUGGGCAUUCUGUGACAGAAAGGCUUAAUAAGGCACUGACUUUCUAUGCUGCAUUGUUUGAUUGCUUGGAAGGUAAUGUUCCAAAAGCAAGAGCACUAGAGAGAAUCAUGCUGGAGAGAAUUCUUCUUGGGGAAGAAAUAAAGGACAUCAUUUCUUGUGAUGGGGUUGAUAGAAAAGAGAGGCAUGGCAAGUUUUUUAAGACAUGGCUUCCAUGGCUUGAAUUGGCUGGAUUUAAGAGGGUGCCACUCCACUAUGAGAGAAUGUUGCAGGUAACAAGGCCAUUGCAGAGCUAUGGGCGUGGAUACAAGUUACUAGAGAACAACCAAUGUCUGUUCACAUGCUGGAAUGAUCUUCCACUCUAUUCCAUAUCAGCCUGGAGGUUCUGA